UACUUGGUAAAAACAAAUAUAUCAGAGAUAACAUACAAGCAGACCGAUCGUGAUUUUAGAUACAUGUACUGUAGCAGGCUUCAUGUAUAGAAAGAACGUUCGAUCAGUUCCAAAGUUUGAUGAACUUUAUAGGUUAUCCUUGUGCUAUAUACCACAGCUUGACAGUUUCAUGAUCGCAGCAUAGUAUCUAGCUCUGGCUCUGUCUGUCAAUGACCCGACUUGUUUUUCUGAACUUGGAUUCCGUCAAUUUCCGUAUUCCAGUGUGAAACUGAGCGAUUAUUGUCGUGUUUAUAACUGAGAGUGGUGUUGCGUUUAUAUAUGGCAGGGUUUGGAUCAUUGUUACCUACGCCAAGACGGAAAAUGGCGGGAAAACGUAUGAUUAUUGGUGUAAUGUGCAUCGUGUGUUUGGUGUCAGGGGUGUAUAUCAAGUUCUUCAAUCACGAAUCAUCAGAUCAACUUCUCAUAGCUAAUCGACAAGGUGUUCAAGGUGAUGCUGUCGUUAUCGCAGCAGCUAAACCAAACUUUCAUCGGUUAGGAACAAACAUCAAGAAAGAAGAUUCAAACAAAUUAGACACUGAUGAAGGUGUUCAAAGGGUAGAAGCACAACAACUAGAACAAAUAAUUGAUGAAGGUGAAACUCAUCAAGUGGAUGAUAAUGAAGAGGCUGAAUUGGAUGAAGCAAGGUAUGAAGAUAAUGAAGAGAAGAAAGAUGAACGGGGAGACGAUUACCAAGAGGAAAAACCUAACGACGUCCAGAAAGAUGAAACUAGCCACGAUCAGGUCGAUCCACAACCAUUCGAUGCCGAUAAACCAAUCGAACGUGUAGAAGGAGAAGACGACGAGGAGGAGGAUGAGCUCCUGCACGAUGCUGGUGGGGAUGGGGGCGAACAAAAAGAGAAGGAGGAAGAGGAGGAGGAUAUUGAGGAGGGGUAUGAGAAACAGGAUGGGCGUGGUCCACAUGGUAUCAAACUCUUUGAUUGGGAUUACUGGGUGAAGGACAAUCAGUUUGUGGACCUAGGGAAUGUUUGGGGGUAUUGUGAUGACGAUGAUCCACCUGUGAUCGGCAAAAUCAUUCUCCUGGAAGAUGAAGAAAGAGGAGGGGUCAAAAGUAUCUUUCUCUUCAACACUACAUUUGAUAAAGACGUAUUAAUGGGUAAGGUUGAGAUCAGCAUUGACUACAAUGGCAUGCACUUCUUUACUAAAACUGCGGAUCUGGAGGAUCUUGAAAUAGAAGGAGAUUUUUUCAAGGCUCCAAUCGUAAAAGGCGAUCACUAUUUUGUACGUGAAAAGCAUAUAUCUAGUUUUAUUCCUAAGGGCCAUUACUACGGGGAAGCUAAGAUGACCGACCAAAAUGACAGAUCGCUAUUAUGUGCAACAAUGAAUCUACACAUGAAAUGAUCGUCGUCUGUCUAAAAACCAUUCCAAAAUGUGAGAAGGGUUGCGUAUAAAAAAAAAGGUGCUAGUCUCCUUUUUUUAUGGCGAUGUCGAAAAUGAUGUUGGUGGCGAUGUCAGUGGUGAUGACAGUGGUGAUGUCGUGCAAUAAUAUAGGGGUGAAUAUAGUUUUAAUACCCGAUGUCAAUAUCGAUGUCAUACUACAAUGAACUUUGAAUUCAUCUUCUUUGUAGGCCCUAUAUAGUAUAUCACGGGUGAAUUCGGUGAACCAACUCUGAUUUUCAUUUACUAUGUAUACCGAUGACAUAUCAGCCUCGCAUAUAUUAAGCCGAGAUAGAAACAACUGCUCUCUUGAUGUGAAAAUUCGGCCCUUUAUGGCGUGAUUUGGGCCUACAUCCGCACUAUUCACUCUAUAUUGUGUGUUAUUGAUCAUGGUGUGAGGGGGAGGGGAGUUCUCGUGCCCCCCCCCCCCCCCUCGAUUCGAUUCGGCUCUGUUUAUGGUAAAAUUAAUGUUUUUUUAUUUUGUAUAUGUCUCUUGUUAAUGUUAAUCUAUUGCAAAUGCUGAAUAUACAUCCAUGAAACCAAUUCAUUGUAUGUAGAUGUCCAAUAUAAUGUGCACGACAAUUAAAGGCCUACAUAAUCAUCUCUUGUCAUCGUCUCUUUGAUAGCGUGACUAUAGUAUCCUUUGACCCUUGUACUGGCGAUAGAUUGUAGACCUUUUUUGUGCUGACACCCAAGUCUUCUGAUCUUAAUGUAACCAUUGUAAUCAGUGUAUUAUCAAGUCACAUCACGCUUUCUAUGCAUGGUAAAACAAUCUACCUCGGAAUAUUUUCUAUCCCAUUAUUUUGUAAUCAUUGCCGUAAUGUUUCGUUGUUGUUUUGUUUCAUGCAGUAUUACUCUGUUUGGUGCCAUCCUAGUAGCCUUUGUUUUCUAUUGGUAUAUGUCAUGUAGCUGCAAGGUAGGGCGAAUGUAAGGCAAAUGCUACGUUUGCUAAGUUGCAGAAUCUAUAUAAUUAUGUAUCUAUAUUAUGCCCCAUAGCUUGGAAGCCGUUGUGUUAUGAAAAGGUUCUGCAUAUUAACACUGUAUCCAGGUCUUCUAUGUCAUUAAAGGUACUAUGUCCCUUUUGCAGCCAACCUCAAAUUAUGUAGAACUUUGCA